AUGACCACAGCAUGGCUCUACAAUAUGCUCCGCGAUACGGUUAUGAAGGGAGGUCUCUUUCGAAGCUGCAAUAGCUGUCCGCAGCUCGACAUGUCCGGGUACUUGUGCGCACCAAACGGCGCCAGGCCAGAAGUUGCAUAUGAGCGUGGAUGCGCGUGGGAUCCCAUCAGCUUCCACUGGUACCGGCGUGAGCUUGUCGAGGACCCUGACAACCAGGAGCUGAUCCGCGGGUUCCUCGACGCGGGGCCAUGGCACCGGUUCUACGACGCCGAGGGCACUGUCGAGGUCGACCCGGCAAACCGCGUCCUGACGACUCUGUGGUUGACGAAGCGCGAGCACGUCGUUCACUGCAUGUAUACACUGCGUCAGACGCACCUGUGGCUGACCAAGGGCUUCGAUCCGCCCUUCAACUACAGCCACACCAUCCACUGCACGUCGUACCUAGUCAACAUCAUUCUCGAGAGCCCGGUGCCAGAUAUGGACAAGCUGACCGUCCAUGCUGUGCCUUACCCUUCAGACUGGCAGCUAGUGAGUACCCUAUAG